AUAUAACAAAAGUAUUAAAGCAAGGACUCAUCAUUUAUGUUCGUAUCAAAAUAUUUUUAACAAUGUGGCUAUCGAUAUUUUUACUUGUUCUGGAAUAUUAUGCAGCAUGCCACUCAUUUCUUCUCGACAAUCCUGAUGUAGAACUACAAUGCCAUGUCCACCCCUACGUUUGUAUUGAACAAUCCAUCAGUACCUACGACAAACAGCAGUGCAACCACGUGAUGGCGCUCAACUGUUUCAUUAAAUACUUAGAUUUACAAGACCAUCGAGUGUGCGGCAGCAACGGCAUUACAUAUCUUAACAAAUGUUUCUUUGCAAAGGCGCAUUGUAAUCAUCCAUUCCUUAGCCUCGAGUAUGAAGGACAUUGUAACGAAACAACAACUACAACAACACCUGCCACUACUACGUCAGCUGUUAUGCCAACGACGGACUCGACAUCAUGUUUACAGAAUAUACAAAUGGAAUGUGGCUCCGAAAUUACUCCUAUAUGCGCCUCAAAUAAUAACUGGUACCUGAACAUGUGCGAAUUUAGGAAGGCACAGUGUGAGGACCACACCAUACAUUUUGCUUUUUUUGGAAUGUGCUGACUCUAUAAAUACAAUACCUAAUACGGCGUUUUGAUUGUAAACACCAGUUACAACCUGGUACAAACUGUUCACAUUUACAUAGCACAUACUGAAGGGCUAACACUAUCAAUGUCUUGUCAUGCGCAGAACACGGUUUCGGAAUGUCCUCUAAAACG